AUGCAUCACGCGGCAUUUCUCAUAGGCCUCAUUGGCGCUGCCAAUGCCGCCUGUCCUUACAUGACAGGCGAUUUACCCUCGUCUAACCUUCACCGUCGAGAUGACACCGAUGCAUCCGCUGCGACGGAGGAUUUCCUUUCUCAAUUCUACCUCAAUGAUCAAGAUGUGUUCAUGACUUCCGACGUUGGCGGUCCUAUCGCAGACCAGAAUAGUCUCAGUGCAGGAGAACGUGGUCCAACUCUUCUUGAAGAUUUUAUUUUCCGUCAGAAAAUCCAGCGAUUUGAUCAUGAGCGGGUACCUGAACGUGCCGUCCAUGCUCGCGGUGUCGGAGCCCAUGGUGUUUUCACUUCUUACGGCAACUGGUCCAAUUUAACAGCAGCUUCGUUCCUCGGCGCAGAGGGGAAAGAAACACCUAUGUUCACUCGAUUUUCUACUGUGGCCGGUAGUCGCGGAAGUGCCGAUACAGCACGCGAUGUUCACGGAUUUGCGACACGGUUCUAUACCGACGAAGGCAAUUUCGAUAUCGUCGGAAAUAAUAUCCCCGUCUUUUUCAUUCAGGAUGCUAUCCUCUUCCCAGACCUCAUUCACGCGGUGAAACCCCGAGGCGAUAAUGAGAUUCCUCAGGCUGCGACUGCGCAUGAUUCGGCAUGGGACUUCUUUAGUCAACAGCCUAGUUCGCUGCAUACACUUAUGUGGGCGAUGGCUGGACAUGGUAUUCCGAGAUCAUUCCGUCAUGUUGAUGGGUUCGGUGUGCACACUUAUCGACUUGUUACUGAUAAUGGCACUUCGAAGCUGGUCAAGUUCCACUGGAAGACCCUGCAGGGUAAGGCCAGCUUUGUGUGGGAGGAGGCACAGCAGACCGCAGGAAAGAACGCAGAUUAUAUCCGUCAGGAUCUAUGGGAUGCGAUCGAAGCAGGACGGUACCCUGAGUGGGAGCUUGGAGUCCAAAUCAUGAACGAAGACGACCAACUUCGAUUCGGCUUUGACCUCCUCGACCCAACUAAGAUCGUCCCUGAGGAACUAGUCCCCAUCACCAAACUGGGCAAGAUGCAACUCAACCGCAACCCAAGAAACUACUUCGCUGAAACCGAGCAAGUAAUGUUCCAACCUGGUCACAUCGUCCGCGGCGUCGACUUCACAGAAGAUCCCCUCCUCCAAGGCCGCAUCUUCUCUUACCUAGAUACCCAACUCAACAGACACAGCGGUCCAAACUUCGAACAACUCCCCAUCAACCGGCCCCGAGUUCCAAUUCACAAUAACAACCGUGACGGCGCAGGACAAAUGUACAUCCCUCUGAACAAAGAUGCCUACACACCCAACACACCAAACAGCGGCUCUCCCAAACAAGCAAAUCAAACCGUGGGAAAUGGAUUCUUCACUACACCCGGUCGGACAACAAGUGGGAAGCUAGUCCGCAGCGUUAGCUCCUCUUUCAAAGACGUCUGGUCCCAGCCACGAUUGUUCUGGAACUCGCUCAUCGAGGCAGAGAAGCAAUUCGUCGUCGAUGCGAUGCGUUUCGAGAACGCAAAUGUCGUCAGCCAGGUCGUGCGCGAUAAUGUCGUACUACAGCUUAAUCGGAUAAGUAACGAUCUUGCCAAGCGUGUCGCAGAGGCUAUUGGUGUUGAGACACCCGAUCCCGACCCAACUUAUUACCACAAUAACAAGACGGCUAAUAUUGGAGCUUUUGGUCAGAAAUUGUUGAAGUUAGAGGGUUUGAAGGUUGGUGUACUUGCUUCGGUGGAUAAUAGCUCUUCUAUCGCGCAAGGUGCUUCGCUGCAGAGCCAACUUAGUUCUGUGGGUGUUGAUGUGCUUGUUGUUGGUGAACGGAUGGCAAGUGGCGUGAAUCAGACUUAUGCGGCAUCUGACGCUACGAACUUUGAUGCUGUUAUUGUGGCAGAUGGUGCGCAGGGAUUGUUUGGGUCGAGUUCAACUGCGGCUAGUUCGUUGUAUCCGACUGGGAGACCGUUGGAUAUUCUUGUCGAUGCGUUCCGGUUUGGAAAGACUGUCGGUGCACUUGGGAAGGGAUCUGCUGCGUUGAAGGCGGCUCAUAUCUCUACUGAUCGGGAUGGAGUUUAUGCAGCUAAGACUUUGGGGGGCGUAUUCGUUGAUGGUGUUCAAGAUGGACUGAGGACUUUUAAGUUCUUGGAUCGUUUUACAUUGGAUGGUUGA